CGGCCUGAGUCAGGCGUGGGCGGGGAGAGCCUGAGGGCAGGGCUCCCCGAGGACAGCGGCGCUCCAGACCUCGCUGGCCGCCGCCCUGUAGGUCUGCGCUCCUGUAGGUCAGCGGGUCAGCUGGGCCUGCGGCGGCCCCGGCCCAUGGCGGCGUCGGCGGCUCUGUCGGCGGCGGCGGCCGCGGCGGCUCUGUCGGGCCUGGCGGUGCGGCUGUCACGCUCGGCCGCCGUCCGCGGCUCCUACGGCGCCUUCUGCAAGGGGCUCACCCGCACGCUGCUCACCUUCUUCGACCUGGCCUGGCGGCUGCGCACGAACUUCCCCUACUUCUACGUGGUGGCCUCGGUGAUGCUCAACGUCCGCCUGCAGGUGCGGAUCGAGUGAGCGCCAGCCGCGGCGGUGGCGGGGUCGGAGCGUCGCCCGCCCUCCAGCGCCGGGCCAGGACGCCUUGCGAAGGGCAGCGGGACCUCCCGGGGCCGCCCGGACGCUUUGGGGCGCGGAGGCGGAGUGGCCUGGGCCCCUGCAGCCGUAGCCACCCGCGGCGGGGGACCGCCACCCGGCCCCGGCCCCGACUGCAGAGAGACUCACGCCACGAGUCCUUUGCGUUGGCUCGAGGAAAUGAGGAGCCCGAGUCCGGCCGACCUGUUGCCUCACGCUGGCCAGAACCCGGGAACCGGGGAACCGGGGAACCGGAAAGAGGGAAUUUUACCGCAGCGAAUUCAUUUGCCAAGUCUGAGCAAAAAGACACAGAUGAGUGGAAAAGAGGUGAUCCUGCCUCUCCCUACCCCCCGCAGCCUUGCUCUGUGACCAUCAGCCCAGGCUUCCUACAGGGCCGGCCACUGUCCUCUCAGAACCACAGAAGCCCAUCCUCCAGCCACGGACAAGGCAGGAAGCCCACUGUGUGCGCAGGGAAUUUGGGAAAAUGAAAGACUCUCCCUGAGCAGGCAGUGAUCUUUGUAGGUGGUGGCCCGCCCCUUCUGUGGCCUUGUCAAGAGUCUGAUCCCUGCCUGGAGGUGCUUCUGACCUGCAGCUGCCUGGGAGCAACGGAGUGGAAUGCCCAGGAGGAGAGGAAGGGCCUUCCUAGUAGAGGCCUAGCAUGGGCAGAGGCCCUAGGGGUGGGGUGGCCUAGGGAUUGGGCCCUGGCAUGGGAAGGAGGGUCCUGUUUCCUGGGAACUGAGCUCUCCUAGCAACACUGUGAGGGAGAUGUGUUCUCCCGCCUGAUGGGGCUCCAGGGAAGGGGCUGGGAUUUGCCCUUGUCACCCAGCUGGGAGGGUGGAGCUGAGUCUGCUGCUGGACCUGCAGCCUCCCACUCCCUCCACAGACUUGCUUAAGACCUGGCAGCAUGUGGGAUGGGGAGGGAGCACGGAGCUCCCAGGGGACCUAGGAAGAGAGGGUCCAGGGGUAGGAAAUCUGGGGAUCUGGCUUUCCUUGGAGUGGUAUGGAAGGUCCCAGGGAAGAGGAACAGUGAGCUGAGAUGGGGCACAAGAGAGAUGGGUCCCAGGACCCUCUGGGGUGCAGAGUCCUCAGCACAGAGCCUCCCCUUCCCAUAGCACCUUAGCUUGACAACUCCUCAGCAGCUGUGUGGCACAAGCCUCUCAGUUUGGUGGUGGAGUGGGGAAGAGGGUGGCUCUCUGCUCCUAGGGACAUGAUAUAUCCAGGAGGUGGGGUGAAAUAGGGCUGGGACUGUCCCUCUGACCUCGGGCUCAGGCUCCCAUCCCUAGGGUCACACAGGAGCAUCUCAUCCACAUGACCUGGGAUGGCCCUGGAGGCCCCAGGCUUGCUGCUGUUUGGGAUCCCCAAAUGGCCAGAAGUGGAGUCCUCACCACCCAUGCCCAUUCCCUCAGCUCAAGGCCCAUGUGCUGAGUUCCUGGGACCCAAAGCUGCAGAACCCUGGCCAGUCCCAGGGACCAAGUGAGCCAGCCUCCCACCCUCUGCCCUCCUCAGCUGCCCACUGAACCUGGGGUCUCCAAUGAAGAUCUCAGUUUGUCUCAAUUUGUUUGGAGGCUUUAACAUGGCUGCCUUGUACUCCUGCGGUUUCCCAAAGUCUAGGCCUGAUAGCUUCCUUCCUUGUGCCAGGUCUCUGGAGCCCUGGACCCUGCUGACCCUUCUCAUCCACCCCAGUCUUGUACACUCAGGACCACUUCCGGAGACCUGUUAGCCUCUGACCUCAUCCACAGGUCUCUGGGUGCCACCUCUGUGGGACAAGAGACACCCAGGACAGGAGAAGAGGAAAGCAGGAGCCAGGGGGCGCUCCUUGGGUCUGCUACUCAGUUCUGGCCCUUUCAGACCCUGCUCUUGCCCUCUGUGUCAAGACCUCCAGCUCCAGCCUCUUCCUCAGCCAGCAGGGAAGGAAGGAGGAAGGCCCUUCGCUGUGUGUGCACGUGUUUGAGUACGCAUGUGUGUGAGUGAGCUAGUGUGGGUGUGAGCUAGGGCAUGGAGCUGUUGAAUAUAAGGAGCUGCUCUGGCUGCCAGCCCUCUCUGCAAAGGGCCCAGCCUGGGGCCUUGGAGCCCUUCCCUACGGGGAGAGAGGUGUGUGGAGCCUCAGGGCCCACCCUCAGGUCUCCACUCCAGGGAAACCCAACCCUGCCCAGCACCCGGGCUUGGUCUGUGGCGCCUCUGCCAAAAAGGAUGGGCCCCAGGUGUCCUCCACUGUUGGGGCCUUGCUUUCCUGCCUCCCCUCUUGCCCGCUUUCUCUCCCCAUGGGUCCUUGCUGCGUGAUGGGGUCUCAAUGCACUUUAUUUAUUUGCAGUCUGUGUUCCAGGUGCUGGAGCUUCUGCAAAUUCAGAGACCCAGCCUGGAUGACUUUACACUUCUGUGUGAUGAUCUCUGCGCUGGCCAGCACCAUCUGGUCAGGGACAUGUUGUUUCUGAUAUUGUCACAUGUUGUUGUCUCCCCAUGUUAAAAAGAAAGUCCUUGCUCAGAA